UCUCUUUCUCCUCAAUCUUCCCUUCUUCCUCUGCCUCUUCCUCGCUCUUCCCACUCUCACCUCGUCUGCAAUCUUAACCUUCUUCUUCCUCUGCUCUCGCUGUAAAUCUUGUCCCUUUCCUUCUUUUAGGCGAAAUUUAGAGAUAUGGAAGGAAAGAAGCAAGUGGGUUCGUCGUCCUCGUUCCCUUCUGAUCUUUUCGGUUCCACCAAGGAAUCAUCACCAUCCAAGGGAAUUUUCGGGUCUGUAUUUCUGCCUGCAUCAAAGAUGGUAGGGAGGGAUUCAUCACACUCUGAGCUGUUGGGAUCUUUGAGAAAACAAGAUUCAGUGAAGGAUAUCUGGAACAACAAACAUGGAUCAGCACCAGAUGGCAGCAAUGCUCAAAGCAGAGAAUUAGGUAAUAAGAGUAGCAUACCCAACAAGGAUAGCAAUCCCAAUAUUUAUCAUCAGGAUGAGUCAAUGGGACCAUGCUAUCUCAGCUCCUCUCUUUACUAUGGUGGACAAGACAUCUAUUCCAGUUCCUCAAGUACCCAGGCAUCAUCUGGAUCUACCCUUCUUUACAAGCAAGAUGGGGGAGAGGAUCCAAAUGAUGCUUCAAGAGGAAAUUGGUGGCAAGGUUCACUCUAUUACUGAGACCUUAAUCAACACAUGCAUGAUCAUGUAUUCAUCUAUGUAUAAGGAAUUAGAUGACGUCCUGGCAAUGACUUUUGUCGGCCAUGUGAGAUAUGGAAGGUAUAACCAAGCCUCCUAUGUUAUUUGAUCUUGUUUUACAGGAGGCUUUACUGCAUGUAAGAAGAUGCUUGUGAUUUGAAUUUUAUUGCUGCUUUUAGGUUGUGUGUAACUUGGAUUCUACUAUAUAUGUGAAAUAUGUAAAUGGAAAAUAAUUUUCUUUAAA